AAACUACCCUGGUAAUAUUUUUGAAAUCACACGAAUGCCCAUUAUACUCUUGAAGCGGCGAAGCUUAAACCCCUUACCGCCGCCUAAGUCUCUUUGGCUCUCCUGGUCAAUAGCCACCGGAAUCCACCAACGCCAUCAAGCUCGACCUGAAACUCCUCUACGGCGUAACCACCGAAUGCCGGAAACCGGAGCGACGUUACGGUUUGAAUCGCGUGGUUAGCGAAAUCCAGCUAAAGCUAUUUGUAUCCAGUUUUGUCCAGCUAAAGACAAUUUAUGGUCGAUUAGGCAAUUUUAAGUUCCACAGUGGAAACAAAAAGAAAACAAAGUCAAUAAUGUGGAACGCUCUGAAAAGUAUCAUUUUCAGAAGAGCAUCAACAACAAUCCAUAACCCAACUUUGAGUUGGCGGUGCUAUUUUUCACCACCCUCUUCCUCCUCUCCACCCUCAAACAGUAAACUCUUUGUUGGAGGCUUGUCAUGGUCAGUGGAUGAGAAGUCCUUAAAAGAUGCUUUCUCUUCCUUUGGGGAGGUUACUGAAGUGAGGAUAUUGUACGACAAAGACUCUGGUAGGUCUAGAGGCUUUGGAUUUGUUCACUUCUCAAUGGAAAAUGAUGCCAAAUGUGCAAAAGAUGCCAUGGAUGGAAAGGCAUUUCUUGGUCGACCUUUGAGGAUAAGUUUUGCUUUCGAUAAAGUUCGGGGUGGACCAGUUGUGAUUCCUCGCCUUACAAACAUUGAAGAUGAUGCUAAUAGCUACUCUUGAACUCUGGUGGAAUUCAAAGUAUGUUCAUAAGGAUGUAUAGAAAGCCAGAUUAUGUUCUAAUGGUAAAAUGUGGCAUGGAAGCGUAUUGAUCCAAAGGUGCAUUUCUGUUGUUGGUUUUUGCUGUUUAUGCUCAGAAACGUAUUAAUCAAGGUGACAAGACAAAGUUCCAAGGUAUGUUAAAAGACAUUUGCAUUAUGAUGGGUGUAUUAGAAAUAGCAAGUUCCAAGAUGGUUCAUAGUGGACCCUAUCACAGUACAAAGUUUAAUAGAUUGGGGUAAAUAAUCACUGUUUUUUUUUUUUUUUUUUUUCCCUCUCUCUCUCUUCUUUUUUUUUUUUGUAAACUUGUUCCAGCAAUUUGGAUACUAAAAUCAAUUUGAUCUGAAUUUAUAAAUUUAGCUAAAUACUCAAUUGGAAUUAAGACGAUGAAAACUCAAUUAAGGAGCGUCGUCAUUGAGCUAGCUUCUUUUUUAUAACUCUAAUUUCUUAAUUUCCAAAUAACUGCGUAAAAGACGAACUCAAUUCAUAAUUUUGUAAUUUGUAAACCGUUAUUCAUCAUUAGUAGGUGACAUGUGUCCAAUUUUAUUCAUCUUUUAAGUGUGUUUAUGAACAAAAAGACAAACUGUCCCAUUGUCACUAUUUAAGGUUUAUAUUAUACAAGGAGAGAGAGAGAGAGAGAAGGACAAACUGCAUUGACAUUGUAUCAAACUAAUGGGGUUAUAUACAAAAAGAUUGCUACAGAAUAGAGAUAUAUAUGUUUAUAUAUCCUUAUAUAUGUGUCCAAACCCAUAGGAAUACAUAGAUUCAUAAAUAUCUUGAACAAUUGAGAUCCCUCAAGUGAUGUCACAUAACGUGAGCUCACCGUAUAAAAGUAUGAACCUAGUAGAAAGUAAAAGAAUACGAAUUUAGUUUGUGACACAGAGUGAUCAUGGUGGUGUCUCAACCCUACCGAAGCCUUGGGCCACCAAAACCGUGCUUUAUUGUUUUUUACUGUUGGUGAGAGUGGGACGUAAUAUAUAUCUAACUCGCAUGUUUUGGUCUUGUCCCAUCGUAUAUGAUUAAUGCAAUGUUCAAAAAAUCUUUGCUCAAUUAACUAAGUGAUAUUUCCAAAACAAUUAAAAAAAAAAAUUACUGAGUGAAAGAAAUUGGGAGGGCCCUUCGAUCAUGUGGGCCCUUCAAUUGGGGGACAGGAAUUUUUAAAAAGGUGCAUAGACAGAAGAAUCAAAAACGUGCCUGUUGAUAAUUGGCUGCUAGGACAAUUAUAUGUUGUCAUCUGUAUUUGCAUAUCUUGUUUUUUGUGCCGCCGCCAAGAUAUUGUUAUUAGCCAUAUAUUAAUCAUUGAGAUACUGUUUUCAAUGAACUUUUUUUGUUUUUUUAAAUUAUUACAAUUUUAUUUAAUUUAAAGGGAGAAGAUGGGAUGUCAUAAAUCCAUGGCAAUCAAUCUUUUGUUGUGUGAUAUUUUACAUUUAAGAUUAACUUCUUCUCUACUUUUAUUUCAAAUACAGUGACAUAGAUAUAUUCAUUAAGUUUAUUUAUCAAAUAAUAUUUAUUUAUUAUAAAUUGAUAUAUUCAUACAAUAUAUAUAAAAAUUAUAAAAAUAAUUAAAUAUUAAUAAAUUUGAUAAAUAAUUUAAUAAUUAUAAUAUUAUUAAUAUACAAAAUGUAUCAUGCCAAUCAAAUAUUAUUCGAAAAAAGAAAAAAAAAACCAUGAUUUGGUUUUUUAAUCCCAAUAGCAUAUUUCUUUAAUUUUGAUUUUGAGAAAUAAAUAAUUUUGUGCCAGACAAUUGGUCGUGUGAAAAAGAUGCUUAUCUACCCCGUACAUAUUCAUAAAGUCCAUUCUCUAUUCCAAGGACCACAAAAUGUUUUUUCUUCUCACUGGAGAAGUUCAUGGAUUUUUCCUCAAUAAUUGCUUGUCACCAUUUUGCAUAAUCGCACUGUGGCAUUGUUUAAAGACAUACAUAUAGAAGAAGCCCCUGCCCCUCACUCUCUCAACAUAAAAAAAGCUUCCUCAUUUUCUCUUCUGGCAACAAAGUUAACACACAGCACCAUUGUUUCACUAACUUGCUUUGUUCAUGGAGAUGAGUUCUCAAUUAUCACCUUCUGUGUCCCCAGUUGACCCUUAUAACGAUCAUGAGCUUCUCUUCUCCGAUGAUCCAAAAUUCGCUCUUCAUGGUGAGAUUCUGAUGCUUGUCAUUGUCCUGCUCUUCAUCACCAUUUUUACUGUUUUUAUUUUCUUUCUCUACAAAAAGUACCGACAUGGACGCCCCAAGCUUGGCGAAGGAGAGCUUGUUCUUUCAAAAAGUACCACUCAACCUGCUCUCAUGCUUAAAGGUCAGAUUGAAGAAGAUCGCAAUGGCUACAAUCUUUUUGCAGGAACAAUCUGAGUACUACUUCUGCUCUAGUCAGAAACCAUCCUAUUAUUACUUGAUUUAUCGAAACCAGGUAAUUGGAGUUUAAUUUGAGUAAGUUGGUGAUCUUUUUUUUUUUUUUUUUUUUUUUUUUUUUUUAUAUAAUGGUUCAGUUGUAAUCACCAAAAUUAAUACCCUUAUAACGUGCUUAAUCUGUAAUUUAAUUUGUAUGUAAGGGGUAUUAUUUAUUUACUAAUAAAGAAUAUUUAGUGGGAUUUGAGAGAUGAACUGAGUUUGUAUAGGCUUGAAUUGUAUUUUUUUUAUGUAAUUGAAAAUUGUAUUGUGGAGAAAUCGACAAAAAGUACGUACUCAAGAUAUUUAUUCAGCAUUUUCCUAGCUAGCCAGUCUUUUGUAUGUUUAUCUCUAUUCAAGCUAAGACAAAGAACACCACGUAUCAAUUGGCUUUUAUC